UGAUACCCGAGUUACAUAAAGAUCUUCACAACCUSCAGACCCAGAGAGAUGAUCUGGGCAGGAAGAUGAAGAAGCAGUCAGAACAGGCCAGAGCCAAGAUGAGUGUGAUCACAAGACAACUUCUUUGUGGCAUGGUUGAAGAGGAGGUCAUUUCCAGGUUGACCUCCGACAGUCCAGACCAGAUCUAUGAAGUUGGGGAUUUGUUGACUGCAUUUGAUGGACUGCAGAAAGCUACCAGAGUGCUGGAAGACACCAGCAGGAACAGAAGGAGGGUUAUGACAGCCAGAUGGAGGGGCUGAGGUUCAAGUGGAACACCUGCAGAACCAAAACAAUCAGCUGCAGAAACUGUUCAGGAGAAAACGUCUGUCAACGACAGCAUCAGCCAGGAGUGGCCAGGCUCAACACUGAAAACAUGGUCAACCUGAGCUGAAGAACAGCUGUCAGAACUACGACAACAUAAACAGGAGCUGGAAGUUCAACUGGAGAAGCAGGCCAGAAAGAGACCG